AUGCACACCCUCUACAACGACAAACUCUCCAACUUGAACAACGACGAGACAGGAAUGAUGCCAUCCUUCCCCACCAUGAGCAGCGCGUGGUACCGGCACAGACAGAAGACGAUUCCUGUUUUGCCACAGACAAGAUCGGAGGUGGAUCUUCAGGAUUCCUGGACGCAGACAGCAGAUGGACGACCCUUCCUCCUGUUUGCUGACGGUGAUGAUGACAAGAUUCUGGCGUUUGGCAGUCUAGAGAGUCUCGAGGCCUUGCAGUCAUCUGAGAUUCUAUACAUGGGUGGAACGUUCACUGCCUGCCCUGGACUGUGGAAUCAAGUGUACAUCAUCCAUGCAAGACUCGGAGCCACGACCUAUCCCCUCAUCUUCGCCUUACUCCCCGACCGUCAGACAGACACCUACUCAAGACUUUUCAUGCUACUCAAGGAUGAAGUUCAACAGAGACUAAACAGACCACUUGCCCCGUCAUGCAUCCAGACAGACUUUGAGAUGGCUGCUAUUCGUGCUGUCCAAGUCGUGUUUCCUACUGCCGAUGUGAAGGGAUGUUUCUUCCUUUACUGCCAGGCGAUAUGGAGGAAGGUCCAGCAUCUGGGACUAGCUGUUGCGUAUCGAGAAGAUCCUGAAGUCUGCAAGUGGAUAAGAAGAGCAGCUGGCCUACCCCUACUCCCAAAGAACAAGAUCCAGGACACGUGGGUUGACGCAAUGGACAACACACCAGAUGUACCAAGAGCUGUCGCCUUCAACGACUACAUCCUCACUACCUGGGUCGACCACGGAGCACGAUUCCCCCUACCACUGUGGAACCAUCACAGUACAACAGGUCCCAGGAUGAACAACAACCUGGAAGGCUUUCAUAACCGACUCAACCGAGGUCUCCCUCACUGA